AUGAGGUUUGGAAUUUCGACUGCUCUGGUCAGUAUUUAUACCGAAAAUUUAACCCCGUUAUUCCCAAAAAUUUUGAAAUCUUCAACGAUCGCUGCAAUGUUGACAUUACAACAACAACAACAACAACAACAACAACAACAACAACAACAACAACAACAACAACAACAACAACAACAACAACAACAACAACAACAACAACAACAACAACAACAACAACAACAACAACAACAACAACAACAACAACAACAACAACAACAACAACAACAACAACAACAACAACAACAACAACAACAACAACAACAACAACAACAACAACAACAACAACAACAACAACAACAACAACAACAACAACAACAACAACAACAACAACAACAACAACAACAACAACAACAACAACAACAACAACAACAACAACAACAACAACAACAACAACAACAACAACAACAACAACAACAACAACAACAACAACAACAACAACAACAACAACAACAACAACAACAACAACAACAACAACAACAACAACAACAACAACAACAACAACAACAACAACAACAACAACAACAACAACAACAACAACAACAACAACAACAACAACAACAACAACAACAACAACAACAACAACAACAACAACAACAACAACAACAACAACAACAACAACAACAACAACAACAACAACAACAACAACAACAACAACAACAACAACAACAACAACAACAACAACAACAACAACAACAACAACAACAACAACAACAACAACAACAACAACAACAACAACAACAACAACAACAACAACAACAACAACAACAACAACAACAACAACAACAACAACAACAACAACAACAACAACAACAACAACAACAACAACAACAACAACAACAACAACAACAACAACAACAACAACAACAACAACAACAACAACAACAACAACAACAACAACAACAACAACAACAACAACAACAACAACAACAACAACAACAACAACAACAACAACAACAACAACAACAACAACAACAACAACAACAACAACAACAACAACAACAACAACAACAACAACAACAACAACAACAACAACAACAACAACAACAACAACAACAACAACAACAACAUGAUCGUUAUAAUUCCUACAAUUAUCUUGAGAAUGAUGUUUCAUGUUGGAGACGAUAUUUAUAUGGCUGUGUUACAGGUCUACUCAUAAAAUCUCUACUCACAGCCAUCAACGACAUCUGCACUCAAUUACAUUUUUAUUCAUAA